UUUAAUCUGGGUCAUCUAUUUUGUAACUCAAAUGUAACUGUUCUAUGUUGUGUUUUGAAUUGAUUUCUAAUUAGUUUUAAUCAAAUGCUAAGCUAAGAUAAUGAAAUGAUGCUGGUCUUUCAGUAUAAUGAUGUCCAGUGUUUCUCCUCUUCAUCCAAUUGGUAAAUUGGUUGACUCAGGCUCGCCAGUUAGUUUUUAUGGCCUCGGUCCAUCAAAUGUUAAAGAAAUAUCGCCGUCAGUUAACUGUAUCGGUGUAAAUCUGUCAACAUCAUCUCCUCCAGUUUCAACCAAUUCUAUCGCUAAUAUAAUUGCUUGUUCAACUGCUUCAGCAUCUCAAACUUCAUCAAAUGUUUCCAACACAAAUAGUGUAUUUAAAUCUAAUUUUGAUAGAUUAAAAGCGAAUAUACCGUAUGCUUGGAAAAGAGAGCAAAUCAAUGGUCAGAUUGUUUACAUCAGUCCUUCUAACUGUCUCCUUUGGUCACUACAAGAAAUAAGUGCAUACUUAUUGACUGAGGGAACCUGUAAAUGUGGCCUAGAGUGUCCAAUCAUAUUAAAUGAAGUAUUCAAUUUUGAUCCACAAGCUCCAUCGAUAAGUUCAACAUUAAUAAAUGAUAAUAAAAGUGUGCAGUAUAAUGAUCAUACCAAGGAUAUUUGCUACAAUGAUAAUCCGACCAAUAUUGAGUAUCCACCUAAAACCUGUAACCAUCGAAGAAGAACUUUAAAUAAUUGUUCAGGCUAUUCUAAUGAUAGUUAUUCUAUUAUUAAAAAUGAUACUCAUAAUCAAAACAGUACAAGAUUAGCUGACCACACAUCAGAAAACUCUGAAAUCGCAAAUCAAACUCUUCAACAUCAACAACACCACGUUAAUUCACAAGUUAUUCAUCAACAACCAUUAACAGUUAAUUCUAUUCCAGUUUAUCGUGGUACUCACCAGCAGUCAAUCAUUAAUCAUGGUGUUACUCUGUACAAAUCCGGUCGAAAUUUUAAUAAUUCAGAACAGAAACAGUCCCCAUAUACAAUUACAGGAGACUGCAGUCAAACUGCAGAAAAUGCACCUAAAAAUUUUCAACAUCCAAAUGUUAAUCCAUCUUUAACAACCAGCAGCUUUAUAAAUUGGUUACCAAUAAAUAAUUCUGAUGAGAGCCGAUUAUCUUCUAUGGUUAAUGAGAAUCAAUCUAAUGUACAGACAUUCGCUAAUCCUUCAACCUCUCUUCCUGGAUUCACAGAUGUUCUUUCUGGUAUGGGCCUGACCCAGACUCUUAUGGAUCCAAGCAGUCAAGGAGGAGGACAAUUAGUUCAACUAUUCAAUCCGGUUCAAUAUGCCUCUGUUCCACCAAAUACUGUUACUUUACUUCAUCCAACUCAAAAUUUGAAUCGCAAUGGAGCUACUAUUAUAAUUCCUCAAUUGAUGCAAUCUGAUCAGCAUUCUGUUGUUCUUAAUUCAACUGAAAAUGUCAGGUCAUUGGAACGAAGAAAUAUUUUACCAUCAUGCAGAGCAACUUCAUUCUCAUCUAUUCCAAUACAAGCUCCUUACUCAUUUCACUCUCAACCUUCCGCCUCCUAUCCAUCAUCAUCAUCAUCUUCUACUUCAUCACCAACACAAUCUUUCGCUGCAUCUAGUUCUAAUGAAAAUGACAAUAACCGUGUUAAAACUAAAUCAAGAUCAAUGCGUCAUCGUAAAUUUAAAAUGAAUCGUAACCAGCAUCUUUCAAUGUCUGUUUCGGCUUAUUUUUGUCAUGAUCAGGAAACAAAUACAUCUAUUGAGAAAUUUACAGAAAAAAAUAGCGAUGAAUCGUCAAGAUUAAAAUCGGAUAUUGAUGAUGAAUUCAAUUUAGAGGAACAAAUGGAUUCUCAAGAUUGUCUGUACAGUCCUAAUCAACUUACUCCUAACUCCGAUGACGAUAAAAGUAAUUUUGAUUAUGAACGAAUCGAUGGUGGCUCUCAAUGUACUUCUGAGGAUAUUAUGAGAGAGUUAUCUACUCAUAAAAGCUCUAUGUGUAAUAUUGGUAUACAAAGUGAUGAAUUAAUAGAUGGUCCGGUCAGUCCGACUAGAAUGGAUGAAUCCAGUUGUUCAGAUUCAAGUUUUGCUCACAACCUUCCCAUGUCCAAAGAUACAGAAUAUGAUUCGAGUCCUCCAAAUCUUCCCGAAGAUUAUGAAGAGAAUGCUGAUUCAAUUUUAGAGAACAAUAGCAGUUUCAACGAGAAAAAUGUUGAUGAACAUUUUCCUAGUGACGAAACCCAAGGAGGUGAUUUUAAUAAUAAUAGCCAUAACGAUGAAAAUGAUAAAAUUUCUGGAUACCAAUCCAACAGCUCUUUAAACAAUGAUACCUAUAAAAUUGAGAAAAAUUGCAAUGAAACCAACAUUACCAGUUAUAUCGAUGUUAAAGCUCUUAACGACUGUCAAAAUGAUAGUGAUAAUUAUCAGAACAAAUCCUCUAUUUCUACCAAAAAGGUGAACAUUGAUCAAUCUGUUUCUAAAAAUAAUGUACUAUUAAGCAUGGGAACAACUGAAGGUUUAUACGAAAGAUUGUCUAAAACAAUUGAUGAAGAAAGUACAAAGAACAAAAAGCUGGAAAGAUUACGGAAAGAAUUACUUUGUUAUGAAAAUAAUUUCGAUCAAACAACAGCUCAAUCUCCUCCACUUUCACCUCAACCAAGAACUUUUGAAACUGGUGAUCUUGUCUGGGGCCAAAUGCGAGGCAAUCCGUCUUGGCCAGGUAAACUGAUUAACAAAGAAGAUGCACCAAGUUAUAACGGACAAGCUGAGGAAGGAAAGGUUUGGGUCAAAUGGUUUGGAGAUAAUUUAGUGACGCAAGUUGAACUCAUUAAAUUAAAAACUCUAUCAGAAGGACUUGAAGCUCAUCACACAGCUCGAAAAAAACACAGAAAAGGGAAAAAGACAGAUUCAUGCCUGGACCAAGCUAUUCAAGAAGCCAUGAUGGAAUUGGAUAAGCAGCAAUCAUCUUCAGCUGUAUCGCCAACAACAAAAUCUCAUCCACCGACCACUUCAUCUUCAUUACCAUCUUGACCACAUCUUUAGCUGUGUUAAUUAAUAUUCUAAAUUAUGGUUAAAAUUAUUGCUUUUUUUAGUUUCUAUUAUUUUGUUUUCGAAGAUCAGUUUCAAAAUUACAGUAAUUUAGCGUCUCUUUUCAUGAAAAGAGAUUAUUGUUGGAGUCUAGCAAGUUAUUCACAAGAAUCAGGAUUUUCUCCAAACUCAGUGCCCAGUGUGAAUAAUCAUAUUGCAUUUAAAUAGUCACCCAGAUGGUUUAAUUUUUUGUUCAAUUUAAGAUUAUACAUAUUGUUUUAUCUCCACAAUUAUUAUCCAGUUUAUUAUUUCAAGAGGACAACCAAAGGAUUAAAGCUUUUUGGAAAAUAACGUAACUCAAAGGAUUGUUGUUAAAGGAUAAAUUCAUUCAACAAGAGCAUCUCUUUGUUUGCCUUUUGCCAUCACACUUUUAAGUUGUUUUUAAUAAGUCACGCCUAAGACAGUUAAUCAACUCUUUUUAUGAACUUUCAUGUUGCCUCUAAAUCUCAAUUAUGAGAAACACAAUUGACCCUGAGAAAUCAAAAAAUACAAUCAAUUUAGGAUGCUUUGCCCCAAAUUGCACUUUAAAGGUUAUCAAGUUUUAAUUCACAUCUUAAUUUACAUUUACAUAAUUGUUUCUUAGCAAAUUCACUAAGUAGGCAAACUCAUUCUUAAGUCAGUACAGAAAAUAAUCAUAACCUUGUUUUAUCUAUCAACCUUUCAGGUGCAAAUUUGAGGAUUUACAUCCUAUUAUUAUUAAUAUAAAUGUUAUAUAAUUAUUAUUAUAUAUAUUAUACACAUUUCAUUUUAACCUUUGUAAAUUAACUAUCAUCUUAUCGCUGUUUCAAUAGAGCAAAUUGUUUGAAGCGUGCCUUAAUCAUAUCUAAUACUUUGUAUUUUAAGUUGUUAUCUGCAACAAGGAUUUAUAUUGAUCGACACUGGAA